UUGCAGUAGUGUCUAUAGGAUUCUGAGUUUGUUGGGAGCCCCAUGAAGGAGACACUCAGAUACUUGGCAGGAAUUGCAGGCCCAAGUGGUUAUGGCUCAAAAUCAACUGCUGAGCAAGUUUCUCAAGAUUGUUGUUCCUCAGUCCCUUCUCAUCUCACUGCCAUAAUCACUGGAGCAACGUCAGGCAUUGGAGCUGAGACAGCAAGAGUACUGGCAAAGAGAGGGGUGAGGAUCGUCAUCCCGGCGAGAGAUUUAGGGAAGGCAGCUGAAGUGAAGGAUGAAAUUCAAAGAGAGAGCCCAAAGGCUGAGGUUAUAAUAUUGGAGAUUGAUCUCAGCUCACUUGCUUCUGUCAACAGAUUCUGCUCUGAGUUCUUGGCUCUAAGGCUACCCCUCAACAUCCUCAUAAACAAUGGUGGAGUAUUUUCUCAAGCUUUGGAGUAUUCUGAAGACAAAGUUGAGAUGACAUUUGCUACAAACUACUUGGGACAUCAUUUUUUGACAGAAAAGCUGUUGGAUAAAAUGGUGGAAACAGCGGCCCAGACUGGCAUCCGAGGAAGAAUAAUCAAUGUUUCUUCUGUGAUCCACAGCUGGGUCAAGAGGGAUGGUUUCUGCUUCAAUCAAUUGCUCAACCCAAAGAAUUAUAAUGGCACAAGAGCAUAUGCACAGUCCAAAUUGGCUAACAUAUUGCAUGUUAAGGAACUGGCAAGACACCUGAAGGCAAGAAAUGCGAGAGUAAGCGUCAAUGCGGUGCACCCGGGGAUCGUGAAGACCGGAAUUAUAAGAGCUCACAAGGGCUUCAUCACAGAUUCUGUGUUCUUCAUAGCAUCCAAGUUACUAAAAUCAACAUCCCAGGGUGCUUCGACCACGUGCUAUGUUGCUUUGAGCCCAGAAGUAGAAGGGGUGAGUGGGAAAUACUUUGCAGACUGCAAUGAGAGUGACUGCUCGAACCUAGCAAAUGAUGAAUCUGAAGCUCGUAAGUUGUGGAAGCAGACCCGUCUGCUAAUCCAUAGACUACUAUAUCAACCAACAGCUUAGAAAAUGUGUAUUUUUUUUUCUCUGCCAUUAAAGCCAUGUAUAUAAAGUGUAUUUAUAUACGCAAAGGGUAGAUAGAGAGGCCUACUUCACAAUAAACUCCACGGUAAUUUAAUAACUGAAAGAACUUGGAUA